AGAUUUUCGGUGCUUUUUACAAUUACUAUACUAUAUGAUGAUGUGUACACGCAGCUCACCUUCAAGUGUGUGGAAAUUAAAAUGGAAAACUGGGCGCCAUUACUACUAGUAUAAUAUAUAAACAUGAUUUAAUUUCUGGUUAAGCCCUCUAGGUUAUAUUUACACAAGUCACAAAUAGCUAGGUAAUUAAUUAUCCUAUAUAUAUUCUUUCCACUCCCACCAAAAUUCUACCUAGCCUUUCUUGUAAUUCUAGAGAGAGAAAUGGAGCAGCUUACUCAACACAGUAGUCUCUUAGAGGAGCUAAUCAUGCCUCCAAAGAUAGAGUCCUCUUUCUCAACCGAAUUCUUCCAAAACACUUGGAACUUCACUCCUUUCGACCAAACCCCAGAUUUCAACCUACCAUUCACAAAUCCUUCGCUCCUCGACCUCAUCUCGCCGCCCGAAUUCGCCACCCCUUGCCCCUUGGGCGAAUUCCAUCCCUUUCUCGACGCCCUUGCCUCGCCGGACUUCGGAUCCUUGUACGACAGGGACGAUCUGCCGCCAAUGUCAAUUCCCUUCCUCGACGGCUGCAUCGCCGAUUUUGACGGCACCUUCAAACUGGAGAAUUCACAAAUUAGUGAUGCGAUAAACAUCGAUGUCUACAACAAUGUAGAUCUGUACGGCGAGAGAAAGAGCAAAUCGAAGAAACCGGACGGCCAGCCGUCGAAGAAUCUGAUGGCGGAGAGGCGGCGGCGGAAGCGGCUGAACGACCGCCUCUCCAUGCUCCGAUCGAUCGUGCCGAAGAUUAGCAAGAUGGAUAGGACGUCUAUACUCGGCGACACCAUUGAUUACAUGAGAGAAUUGCUUGAUAAGAUUCAAAAACUAAGGGAAGAAGGCGUCGAUGAAAGCACCGCCAUUCGGAACUACUUCAAGGAGCAGCAAAUGCAGCUGAGAAACCCUCCAAAGUUUGAGGUAGAAAGGAGAAGGUCGGAUACCCGAAUAGAAGUGUGUUGCACGGCGAAGCCGGGGCUAUUGCUGUCUACGCUCGCCACGCUCGACGGCAUAGGCCUCGACUUACAACACUGUGUAAUCAGCUGUUUCAACGAUUUUUCUCUGCAAGCUUCUUGCUACGAGGCGGCGGAACAACGAUCGACGGUGAGUUCAGAAGAUGUAAAGCAAGCGUUGUUCAGAAAUGCAGGCUACGGAGGGAGAUGUUUGUAAUGUAAUUAAUAGUAUGAGUAUGUGUAUGAGUAUGCAUGGUCUGUGUGUUGUUUGGAAUUCUUUGAAUGAUAUGUUAAUAAUGUGAGCCGAGGGAGUUGUAAUCUGGAGCAUGAUUUGCGCAGCGUAUAUUAAAUUAAUUGUGAUCUGGAGUUUGCAGAUUGCUA